AUGUGCCAAUUGUCAAGAAUCGAGAACGACCCCGCAGCAGCUGAGGAGAACAGAACCGACCACCUCACACCAGCAUUUUCAUGCCAACGCCUCAACUCAACUACAUUUGUCGUGCAAGAGAACGAUAAAUGGAGCGAGGAACCAUUGAUUUAUGUCAAAACAUAUCCGCACGAUAUCGUACUCAUUGAUUCGGGCUGCGGAGGAUCGUCAGAAACGCCCACCAUAGAUCUCACGCUCAAAGUGUAUCUCGAGACGGUUCCAGUACCUGACAAUGAAGGCCUUCCGCUGAAUCGGUCUGGUGUGAGACCGUAUACAAUUAUCUCUACACAUUGCCAUUAUGACCACAUCGGAGGAAUUCCCGAGUUUAUGAGGACCUCCGGACUUGCCGUCUGGGCAAGCUCUGCGGGGAAAGACUUUCUGACAGAUCCUCAUAAACUGAACAGCGCCUCGCUAUGUGCUUUCAUCGGCAUGGAGCUGCCAAGGUAUCAUGUUACCCACUGGGCAGAAGAUGGUGCUCGAGUGGUCAGCAGUUCUGGGCAGGACCUAAACUUGGUGGUUUUUCAAACACCAGGCCACAUGCCCGAUGAAAUUGCUAUUUGGGAUGCGAAGGAGCGCGUCUUAUUUGUUGGUGAUACGGUUUAUGAGCGCGCACCUAUCCUUUUCCCGGAGGGUGGAAGUAUCUCCGAGUAUCGAGAUACAAUCGAUAGGUUACAGCAGCUCGUUCAUGGUUGGAAUGAAGAGGAAAAGGUAAAUUGCGGCAAGGUCACGAUUGCCUCGGGACAUAUCACCAAAAGCGCGGAUGCGGCCAGAUUACUUGCUCAGACUGGGUCAUUUGUGUCUAAAGUACUUGCCUCAGAGGCCUCUGUGGAGGACCUUGGGAUUGAGUGUUCGUGGUUCGGAGGAAAACCGGCGGUCCAAUUCAAGGAUGGAGAGGAGGGCAUAACAUUUCAGGGUUUGAAGACGUCUUUUGAAGGUUUAGUCUGA